CACUUGAUACACUGCAUUUUGUCUCAGCAAGAGCUCAGCUCUUCUGCAGCUGUUGCACUUAUGUCGCUGUCCCUUGCUCCACUCUCCCUCGCUAAUUUGCGUUUUGAACACAAGUUAAGACUAGCUCAAAUGUCAGUAGCUACUUUGCUGGCUGGGGCCGCGAAUUCUUGCGCUGCUGACUCGUUGACCGGCUCGGCGACGCUGCUCAGACGUCAGCUGAAGCCAGCCGUCACGUAAGGUUUACGAGUCAGCAUCCGUUUCUAUCAGCUUUGCUUCAAAGUUUGUCUUCUCGGUCGCCCGCGUCAUUGCCAUCCAACAUGGCUCUGCAACACUACCGGCAACAACCAACACAGUUCAUCCACAGGAUUCAACCUCUCACUCUUGGGAACGGUUUCAGGAGCUCUUUGGGAUGGCUGGCUGACAGGCACUACACCUCCGACAUAGUGCUCAGCAACAACGGCUGGCUGACUGCCACUACACCUCCAACAUUGUGCCCAGCAACGGCGCAACCAUGUAACACAGCCAACAAGCAGGCAGUGGAGCGCAACUAAGGAUCCGGCAUGGGCAGCAGCUGGUCCAUCCAGCACUAGGGGUGGAGGCGUGCAUGAUGGUGCCAAGGACGGAGUUUGGUCAUAGGAAGAUGUGGCGGCUGCGGUGGAGGUGGGCAUCAAGGUUGUCAGAUUGUACCCAGCAGACACGCAAGUGAUGGCGCUAGUCAUUGUUGCACGUUAGAGUUUGCACGCAUACAUACAAGGCAGACAUCAUACGAGGUUUGGUGUAGUGUUGCAUGGGCGUAUGGACUUGUCAACGAGGAGCAGGUGUGUGGCCGGUGUCAUAAAAGGAUAACGCAGUAUUGCGUGGUGUACAGUGUGGAUCCUAAGUGUGUUAGCAGCUCCCAAAACUUUCCCGCUCGGGUGCUGAACUUUCCCGUAAAAGGGCUUCACUUGCCCGUAAGAACUUCCCCGUAAGGACUUCCCCGUACAAACUCCUACUUUCUUCGAAAAGCAUACGGGGAAGAUUUUUCCGGGGAAGUACCCCCUGUUUUUCCGGGGAUUUCAACCCCCCCUUUUCCCAGAGUGUAUUAGAUAGGUGGCGUGUGUACUGGGCGGCGGCGUGUGUACUAUGUGUACGGCACAUGCUCACCAUCCUUGCGGCCGUAGUGGUGGAAGAUGACCUGCAAUGUGGUCACGUGUGUACGGCGGGGCGAACCAUCCAUACAUCAGGAAGUAAGGAGCGAACAGCAUGUGUGAGUCCAUCUGGCACGCAGCAGGCGGACAUGAUGGUAGGUUAUACAGCGCGCGUUAGAGCAACGAUACGGUAUGCGCGCUCGUGGAUGCAUGCAUACACGGCUGGGAAGUGACAUUUUCGUUGUUGUUGUUGUUGUGACAUGAAACGCGCGAUGCGGACGGGGGGGGGUAGCCUUGCAUGUGAAGAACGGUGAUUAUAAAGCACACGUUUGAAGUGAAGGAGCAGGGCUCAAGCUGGUCACGUACGCACGCACGGGGGCACAUUUGUAAGAUCUCCAUAUAUGCAUGGUAAUAAUGUUGCUGUUGAAUUUGGCAUUGUGCUAAUUGUGCGUGGGACGGGAGUGCCCGGCGGGUGUUGUGCUGCGUUAUCCUGACAGUAAAAGGUAGGACUAGCUAGCAGAUGACAGACCAUCGUUUCCACAGCACCGCGCGCACUACACGGGGUUAGUUGCGUUGAACAAUCGGCCGUGCAUGCAUGCACGCAAGCGGUUACGUGUAACCCUUUGUGUCCGCCAGGGAAAAGCUUGAUCUUGAUGCUAUACACUGGUCGUGGUCGUGCAGCGGCGGCAAUAGUUUUCCGCGGCGGUGGCAGGGACCCCACCCACCUGUUGAACGUCGCCAUGCACGCACGCGCUGUUUAUUUGGAUCGGCAUGCCCUCCUCCCCGCGCACCCUACCCCAACCACGCAACCCUCCAACCUUACUUGUAAGAGGUACUUUUGCCCUCCGUACAUAGCGGCUCCAUGGUAGCGCGACAGGUUGGGGCCGCGGCCAGCAGAGCUGUUCAAGUGCAGGCGCCUGCAUGUGCGUGCGUGCAGUGCGUGGAAGAUACGAUGCAGUAAUGUGAAAGGUAGGCACUGAAGAAGCACAAGACGUGUGCCCUGCUUUGGCUUGCGUAUUGGAGACGAGAAAUACUGUAAGUACAUAAAUGG